AUGAAGAAGAAGUUGGGCAAUGGGCGGGGGCCGGACCCUGCGGCCAGCCAGCAGCGAGCCCGGUCUGUCACCAAGCCAGCAGAGUACGUGGGAUCCUUCAUGGUGGAGCUGGACCUGCAGCAGCGAGCGGGACAGUUGGAGGAGCAGCUUCGGGCGCUGAAGGACUGUCCCAGGAGGAGAUCGGUGGUGCUGAGGUUCAGCUUGCAGGGGCUGAAGGUCUACGGUGCUGAUGGGGAGACACUGCUGAUGGCACACGCACUGCGCCGCAUCCUGUACAGCACCUGGAGGCUACCUGACUGCCAGUUCGCCUUCGUGGCCCGCAACCCCCACAGCCCCCCCAGCACCCUCUUCUGCCACCUCUUCGUGGGGCUCCCGGGAGAGGUCCAGACCUUGCACCUCCUGCUCUGCCGCUCCUUCCAGCUCGGCUACCUCCUGGCGCACCCCGAGGACCAGGCGGGCGAGGGGGAGCUCCCGGGGCCGGGGGUGCUGCGGGAGCCCCUCAACCCCGAGGAGGUGUCACGAAAUGUCAACGCCCUUGUGUCCUUCCGGCGCCUGCCCUCGCCCGGAGGCCUCGGCCCGCUGGGCACCGGGGACCGGCAGCCCAAGGCAGAGGGCAGAGCCUGGCGCCCGGGGAAUCCCUACUGCUCUCCAGUGCUGGUGCGCAAGAAAGCCAUUCGGAGCAAGGUGCUGCGCUCAGGAGCCUACCGGGACUGUGGGGGUGAGGGGCAGCUCCAUCAGCAGCCCCGUGAUGCCACAGCGGCGGGAGGGGAAAGCAAAGGGGCGAGGAGCUUGGCCUUCCUGCCCGAAAACGAGAGUGUCCUCAUCGAGAGCGUAUGGGCCUUCGCCGGCAUCGCCAGGACCGCUGGGGUCGCGCUGCUGCGGCAGGAUGUGCCCGGGGCUUUCCUGCUGCGCCCCGAGCCCGGGCUGCCCAAGCGCUGGUGCCUGUGGGUGCGGGUGCCCUGUGGUGUCGUGUCCUACAGCCUGGUCAGGACACACCAGGGCAGGUUCUGCGUGGAGCACUCCAACGCCGAGUUCACUAGCGUGGCCGCCCUCCUGGCCCACUACUCUGGGCCACCAGGCGGCUGCUUCUGCCGCCUGGGCCUCGGGCGAUGCAACCCAGGCUACGAGGAGCAGGACCCCGGUGGUGGGGCCAGCGCCAGCUCGGGGGCAGGGGAGGCCGCCUGGGCCCCCGCAGCCCCCAUCGGGGUGCAGCACGAGCGGGGGUAG